UGCAGUAAUUAAUUAUUUAAACAUUACAAAAAGAAAAACAUUAUAUGUUGGAAUCUUGCAUGAUUUAUCAAGUGGUCUUUCCUAUAAGAUGUAAAAAAGUGUAUAAUAAUAUCUUGCAUGAACAAUCAGGAAAAUACAAAUUCCAAUGAGAGAAACUAUUUGUGUACAAGAAGAAUAUACAUUAAUUACACUGACUGAAACAACCAGAAGGAGAUGAAAAAAAGUGUGAGCAAAAGAAAGGAUCCAAGGCCAAAGCUGUCGGAGUCAGUAGAAGUGGUGGAAGCCGGAGAUGGUAAAAGAAAAAGAGAAGGGAUCCAUGGAUAGAUCCAAGAAGAAGAUAAGACAUGGAGAAGCAAAAGGAGAAGCAAGAGAAAGAUUCCUACAAUGAACGUUCCGGUUUGUAAGAUUGGUAAUACAACAUCUUCUAAUAGUGAGACAAGGUACGAGCCGCAUAGGAACCAUCCGAAGAGUACCACAAGCACAAGUGGAACUAUUGGCGAUGGCCCUUUGCUCUCCAUAUAUUUUGCUCAAGUUGUGAUCA